AAAAAAACAAAGCGAUCAAUCCCUCUACUUGCAAUUAUUUCUUAAUUAACCCCAACCUCCACUACCUCCCAAAACAUUUCCAAUUUCUCCGGUCACGUGGCCUCCGCCAUCUCCCCCGAUUCCGAUCACGUGACCUCCGCAACACCACCAGAUCCAUCAAUCUUCGAUUCUUAGGAGAAAGAGAAAGAUCAAAUUUUGUCUUGAUAAUUUUGUUAUGGCAACGAGGAAUCGGACGUUGAUAUUUAGGAAGUACAGAGAUGCAUUAAAGAGCGUUAGGGUUCCGUCGAGCUUAUCGCCCUCGACAAGCUCCAGCGGAGGUGGUGGUGGCGGUCCGGUGAUCGAAUUGGCUAGCACCUCGCUUCUAAAUCCUAAUCGGAAAUAUACUCCUCUUAGUACUGAAGAUCCCGGUAAUUCAAGUAAAGGUGCACUUACAGUAGGUUUGCCACCAGCUUGGGUGGAUGUAUCUGAAGAAAUAUCGUCAAAUGUGCAACGUGCACGUAUGAAAAUGGUUGAGCUAGCAAAGGCUCAUGCCAAAGCAUUGAUGCCUUCAUUUGGUGAUGGUAAAGAAGAUCAACGCAUGAUUGAGGGUCUAACCCAAGAGAUAACUGGUCUUAUAAGGAAAUCAGAGAAGAAACUGCAAAGACUUGCUGCAGCUGGGCCUUCUGAGGAUUCAAACAUUAGAAAAAAUGUGCAGCGUUCCCUUGCUACUGACCUUCAGAACCUUUCAAUGGAACUUCGCAAGAAACAGUCAACAUACUUGCAGCGCCUCAGGCAACAAAAAGAGGGCCAGGACGGGGUUGAUUUAGAAAUGAACCUAAAUGGCGGUAGAUCUAUUAUAGAUGAUGACAAUUUGGAUGACAUGGUUUUUAAUGAGCAUCAGAUGGCCAAGAUGAAAAGGAGUGAAGCAUUCACUGUAGAAAGGGAAAGAGAGAUCCAACAGGCAAUUGAAUCAGUAAACGAGCUUGCUCAAAUUAUGAAGGACUUGUCAGUACUAGUAAUAGACCAGGGCACUAUUGUUGAUAGGAUAGACUACAACAUUCAGAAUGCAGCAACCACAGUUGAGGAGGGGCUUAAGCAACUGCAGAAGGCUGAGAGGACUCAGAAACGAGGGGGAAUGGUGAUGUGUGCCACAGUGCUCGUUAUCAUGUGCUUCAUCAUGUUGGUCCUCCUUGUCCUCAAGACGAUUGUCUUUUGACUGUGAGAACAGAUGUUACUGAAGAUUCUCUUUUGAUCUGUGAGCAUAGAUAUUCCUGAAGUUCACUCAUUCAUAGUGCUGACGCUCCCCUCCAAAAGUUACAUGCUUGUAGAUGGCUCUAUCUUGUCUUAUUGAAGAAUGCAAGAGCUCCAAAUUCCUUGAAUACACAUAACCAAAUUAACCGAUUACCCUUCUUAUAUUUCUGUUUUUUUCUCUCCAAAUUUUGUGGGAAAAGAGGGGAGAGUUCUGUACUUGGGAAUAAAUGUCCUCACGAUGUAUAGAGCUGAUACUGUUCGUUGUUCCUUUGUCAUGGAUCUGCUAAGUGAUUCUUUCGAAUUCUCAGGAGGUUGGAGCAUGGUGCUUCCAAAUCCAAUGCUGUGUAAUGAAGAGUGAGGCCUUUUAGUUGUUUGUAUCCAUUUUUGUUCAUGUAAUAUAAAAAAAAUGAAUCCA